CCGCCGUUCACGCACAUGGUCCAGACCAUGAUGCGCUGACCCCCCUCUUACGGGCCCCCUGCUCCGGCGGACCCGGCCAUCGCCAUCAGCGACCGCUUCUGGUUCGAGCUCCUGAAGGUGCGGCUCCCGGGCCUGGAGCAAGCCGGGUACUUCGAGGCGCACUACCGGGACCCGGGGGAAUUGGACGCCUUGGUCCGGAAGGCCUACUUCCUGCAACUCGUCGCGACGAACGAGCACAGCGGCAACUUCCGCACUUUCUUGCGCUUCUGGGCGAGGCUUCUGCACUACUACCGGACCUCGCCGCGCAACGCCAAGCCGUGCGGAGUGGCCGUGAUCCUGAGCCUCUCGCUCGUGUGCCGCUGCCUUCUGAAGCAGUUCGCGGAGAUCUUCAGCGCUCCCGAGCUCAUCUUCCAGCUGGAGCAGGUGCCCCACGUGCCGGGGGCUGCCCGGGCUGCCGCCGGAGAGGCCACGGAGCCCGCGGGCGAGGCCGGGGGCGGCUUGGUGGUGAGCUACCGCGGCUGGCGCGUCUCCGUGGAGCUCCCGCCGCCAGGCUCGGAGCCCGCCGCGGCGGCCGCGGCCUGCCUCGGCCCCCUGCUCGCGCAGUUCCCCGAGGACGCGGCCCUGCUCCGGGACGUGCCGCUCUGCGCGCUGCGGGCGGCCGCGGAGGGGGAGACCUUCGCCGCCGCGGACGUGGCGGAGCACGUGGCGGCGGCGGGCGUGCGGGAGCUGGUCGUGUGCCCCGGGGGCGUGCCGGCCGCGCGGGGCAGCGCGGUGCGGGCGGUGCUCCGGGAGGCGUGCGACUUCCUCGUCACCUCGUCCUUCGGCGCCGUGGGCGGAGCGGCGCCCGCGCAGGUGGACGCGAAGCCGGGCGAGGCGCAGCACCGGAACCUGUCGACCUCCCCGCACACCAUGCUGCUCCAGUCGGUCCUCCUGGAGAUCUGCCUCCUGCUCGCGGCCGUGGUGGCCCCCCGCUACGGCCCGCCCAGCGCCCGCGCGCUGGCCGGCGCCGGAGCCUGCCCGGCCGGCCUCUGUGCGCCGGUGCUCUUCUCGCGCGAGGAGUAUCGCUACCGCGAGUGGCCCAGGGGUGGCGGCCAGGCCGCCGCAGACGCCGCUGGGACCGCGGGCGAGCUCCCGCCCGCGUCCGGCGGCACCGAGGCCCCGCCGUCGGCGGCGCACGCGCCGGCGCCGGGCUGCACGGCGCCGCUGCCGCUGCUGAGCGCUUUGCAGGAGGUGCUGGAGGACUUGGAGGGUGGCAAAAUGGCCCUGGACAGGACGGGCGAGAAAUCCGACCUGGUGACCGCCAGCGACCUGGGUGAUCCACAGGAACAGUAUUUCUUUUCGAGGACAUCAGGUCUUGCUGCGCUAGCGCCUGGUUCGCAGCCCGCUGGCGUGCGCCCGUUCUGGCUCGCCGCGGGGCCCCGGGCGCCCGUCGGCAGCGGCGGCCAGGCGCAGUGCGUUCCGCAGUGCCAGAAGGGCAGCAGGGACGGCAACGACAUUAGCAAGAAGGCGGCGGAGGACGCGGGGGAGUCCGCCGCGGACGACGCCGCCGCGGGCUCGGACCGUCCUCGCACCGCGCUCGUGGACAGCGGCGCGGCGAGGCGCAGCCCGUCCGCUUUUUGGGUCUUCCGCGCGGCCCUCAUCUACGCGAAGGUGGUUGAACUUCGGCGGUGUCUGGAGGUCGCGUUCUCCGUGACGGCAUCCCUCCUUCGCGAGACCCCGCGGACGCCCACUGCCGGCCCGGAGCCCGCUGGGCAGGGGCGGGCCGCGGCCUUGUUGGCCACGCUCCUCAACUGCGUCUGGCUGGAGCCGCACGCGGCGCUGCUGCCUCGGCCGCCCACGGAGCUCCUGCGGCUGCUGGGCGGCGUAGAGCUACCCGGCGAGGGAGCGGACGCGGCGAACGAGGUGCUCCCGCAGGAGGCCGACGAGUCGGCGGCCGCGCGGGCGUCCGACGGCGCCGGGGGCCGUCUCGCGGCCCGCGCCCUGCUGGUGCUGCUCCUGCUGCUGUUCCACGACCCCGGGGCGCACCCGAAGGCGGGGGCCCGGGCGGUCUGCGACUCGAGCCGUGGGCGAGAGGACGGUCAGCGCGUCGUGCCGCGCGCCUGGCGCGUGGGGCGCGAUGGCGAGGCGGCGCCACUGGCGCGGGCUCGCGAGGUGGCCCGCGCGCUGGCGUCGCUGACGGACCCCCUCCUGGACUCCUCCGAGGACACGCCUCGGGCGCUCGGGGCCCCAGCAGCGGCGCCCAUCAACUUCGCCCAGCUGCUCAAGACGAUCCUGGCGCGCUUGAGUCAGGGCGUGUACCCGCUGCUGUUGUACUGUCUCGUCCAUCGCAACCCGAGCUUCCAGAGGUACUGCUUGUGCCGUGUGGACGCCGAGGAGGUGGUGUUGCCCAUCCUUGAGGUGCUUUACCAGGCGCCAGGCUCGGCGGAGUCCUUGGAAGAAUCCAUGCCGCCUGCGUCGGUGACAGCGCUGACUCUAGUAUUGCUCACGUUUACAGGGGACCGGGCCUUCUGUGAAGGGGCGUCCCGCAUGCACGUGCCACACGGGCGUUGGUCGCAUGGCAACUCCAGGCUUCUGAACGAUAUCACCGUGUCGUCUUUGCUGGUCGUCGUGCUUCUGCGCCUGGCCCACUGGAACUUCUCGGCCGGCAAGGACGCGUUCUUCAACAGGGCCAUCGCUGGCGUCCUCCAGAACCUGGCCUUCCACGGCGUGGAGCAGCUCCACUGGCACGCUGCGGACAGGCUGCUGGAGGUCACGCGGCUGCUGGCGCGCAGCGCCCUCCAGGCGCCCGCGCCGUGCGAGGCAGAGGCCGCCGCCGCCACCCCGCCCGGCGGAGCCGAGGAAGAGACCCAGGGCGGGCUACCAGUUGUCGGCGGCGGCGCUGGAGCACCGCAGUCACUGGCCGAGCAGCAUCGAACCAGGAUGGUCCGGGAGCUGCUGCGGGCGCUCCUGCGGCUGCUGUCGGGCUGCCUCCGGGUGCCCCUGGCCGCGCGGAACUGCUCCCUGGUCUGCGCGCUGCAGAGCUCCUGCCCGCCGCAGCUUGCCGCGCUGGAGGGGGAUCCGGAGUUCGGCGCGGCGCUGUCGCACGUGCGGAGCGCAGUGGCCUGGUUCAACGAGCAGUGCCCGCCGCAGGCGGGCGCGCGAAGGGGCGGCUCGGGGGUGGCGACCUCCAGCGAGCGCGGCCUUGGGGCACGGGGGCCGCCAGAGCUUCUGGCGGCUCCUGGCCCAGGCUCGCACGCACGACACCGGAUGCGCGGCCCUCCCCCGGAGGUGUGGCGCGCCGCGGGCGCCGUGCUGCCGGACCACGUCUGCUGGAGCCGU